AUGGCCCCUGCAGGACAGCAUCUCAGACAAGUUGUAAAAGAUUUUCUGACCCUAAAAAUGAGAGAAAAGGACAGAGAAAGGUGUUCUCGACAAGGUGAAGAUUUUACUAAAUAUUACAAGGAUGCCAAAAUUCUGUUAGUAAAAUGCCAGAAAGAAAACUGA